AUGACAACACCACGUCUGCCAACUGUAGAUGAUCUACCAAGGAAUCUAUUAUGUGAUAUUCUACCAUCCAAAGAUGGAAAGAAUACCAACAUUUUGAUUCUGCUUCAUGGCUUGGGGGAUACGAAGAAUGGAUUCACACAGCUUGCCAAAAACUUAUCUCUGCCUCAAACUGCGUCCUUGAUUCCUCAAGCUCCAACCCCAAUUCCCGCCCUCAUAACUGGUUCCGACGUACCUUCUUUCCAUUGGGCACGCGAUCUUGAAUUCGACUCUACGACUGGCUCUCUAGACCUCGAUGCUGAUCUCACACCCUCUAUCACAAUUCUGACUUCUAUGAUUGAGAUGCUUAUGGAAUCAUGUAAUUAUUCGCCGAGAAAUAUAUUCCUCUUUGGGUUUGGACAAGGAGGCAUGUUGGCUCUUUCGACUCUUGCACAAACUACUUCUUCACUCCUCAAAGAUGUGGAAUUGGGAGGAGCGAUUUCAAUCGGUGGACGACUUCCUACCUCUUUUUCUCCGCCUUCAAAUUCAGCGACGACUCAAAAGGAUAACAAAGGGAAAGUCAGAACACCAAUUUUGGUAGCGGGCGGAAACAGAAAGUCGGAAAUAACAAGGACAGCGUUGGAAAAGGUAAAGGGUACAUUCGCGGAAGUAGAGUAUGUUAAAUGGGAGAGGGAAGGUGAUGGUAUGAUGAGGGGGAGAGAGGAGGUGCUGCCACUGAUGAGAUUUUGGGGUAGGAGGUUGAAAAUGGGGGCCCCGGAGGGGAUGACUGAGGUUUGA